AUGCUUUUUGGAAUGACAAUUUCACCCGGAAAACUUGGAAAGGUUGCAAGUGCAAUAUACGAUAAAGGCGCAGCAUCGCUGAACAUUUUUGGUUUAAUUGACGGUACCAUGCAUGAAAUAUCAAAGCCAAGUCAAGGCAAUAAAGUUCAAAAAGCUUUUAACAAUGGUUGCAAGCACCUGCAUGCUUUGAAGUACCAGUCUAUUGUCACUCCUGAUGGGAUCACAAGCAACUUUCUUGGACCAUAUGUCGAUUCAAGACAUGAAGCAAGAGUGGAAGAGUACUUGGAUAUCGUACCAGAUGCCGAGUUGCCAUUUGCCUUGUACGGCGAUCCAGACUAUAUGAUUUCCAAGUGCCUAUACUCGCCAUUUGAAGGCGUAUCUCUUAGUGUCUUCAAUAAUAUGAUCCACUGUACUGGUCGCAAUAGAUCACCAACAAGCUCAUAUUUUGGUUUAGAUCCACCAACUCUUGAGGAAUAUAUCUGGAUUAAUACGUGA